AUGGUACAGCAGUGCCUCAACGAGGGGGAAUAUGGUUAUUCCAACUACCCAAGGAAGGUUUGUGUCGAUGGAAAGCUGUGUUUCUUGAAAGACAACUACACGAAACGAGGGCUUCUUCGUGAGUUGGAUACUUACAAGAAAAUGGAAACGAAAGGACUGAGCAAUAAUGCGCAAGUGCGUGUACCCCAAUUCAUCGGCGUGGUAUAUGCUGCUCAGGACUGCCGUCAUGUUAUCGGCAUUUUGAUAUCGUUGAUAGACUGCGACAAUCUUACCCUUUCAUGUGCACUACAUGAGGAAGUCACAAUUUCGCAGCGGAGGAAAUGGGAGGAGCAAAUUACUACAACGGUGGAAUUGCUGCAUGAGGCUGACAUUAUCUGGGGAGAUGUAAAGCCGGACAAUGUGUUGGUAGACAGGAACGAGGAUGCGUGGGUGAUCGAUUUCGGUGGUGGUUACACGCCAGGAUGGGUGGCGAAGGAGCACAUGGAGACAAUGGAAGGCGAUAGAGACGGCCUUUCGAAAAUCAAGGACAGAAUAUACUCACACCAUGGCAGCGAAGGGAGAUGA